UGCGGGAUUUCAGGCCGGAGAUCGUGGUGGGGACCGGGGGGUAUGUCGCUGCUCCUCUUUGCUUGGCGGCGGUGCUUGCCGGUAUUAAGAUCGUGAUCCAGGAACAGAAUGCAUUUCCAGGCGUCACAAACCGAAUGAUUGCACCAUAUGCAGCUAAGAUCUUCCUAGCCUUUAAUGCAUGUGUGAAGCAUUUUUCCAAAGAGAAGUGUUCAGUGUACGGGAACCCUGUUCGGUUGUCUAUGAGGCGAUAUGUUUCAAAGGUGGUGGCAAGGACUCAUUUCUUCCCAAAGGCUGGAUCAAUGGUUGGAGAUGAUAAGACUCAAGUUCUACUUGUGUUGGGAGGAUCUGCAGGUGCUGCAGCCAUUAAUAUAGCAGUUCUUAAUAUGUAUUACAAUAUGUUACAAGAGCACAAGAACAGGUUUAUUAUAUGGCAAACGGGGGCAGAGGGAUACAGCGAAAUGGAGAGUCUUGUUAAGAAUAACCGCAGAUUGCUGCUAACCCCGUUCUUGCACGCAAUGGAUUUGGCUUAUGCAGCAGCUGAUGUUGUUGUUUCACGAGCUGGAGCAAUGACAUGUACAGAGAUAUUGACCACUGGGAAGCCCUCCAUUUUGAUUCCAUCACCUAAUGUUGCAGAUGAUCAUCAAACAAACAAUGCAUAUAUAAUGGCCGAUGUAGCCGGAUCAAAGGUCAUAACAGAAGAUGAAUUGGGAUCACGCAGUCUUGAAAUUGCAAUUGACGAGGUGUUAGGAAACGAGGAUCUAAUGGCGGAGAUGUCUGAGAAAGCGCUGAGAGCUGCACGGCCCAAUGCUUCUGCAGACAUUGCUAAAUGUAUUCUUUCUCUCGUCAAAGUAUCUUCUCCAAAGUAGAGUCAUUUAAAGAAAAAUAAACAUAUUUGAUUCUUUCAGAAGGGUUUUAACCCGUGUUGCUUUUUUGGCUUUUAGCAUCUGUAUCUCUUAGUAUACCUGAUGAGCAUAUUUAUAUCCUGAAGGAUGAUUCCUUAGGCAUUACGUUAGUCCAGAGAGGAAAAUUUUCCCAUGUAAUAAUAGUCUGGAUCUGUGAUAAAAGAGGGGAAAGAUCAAAUGGAAUACACAUACUAUACAUAUGUGGCAAAAUUUUAAUUCUAAAUCUGAAAUUUUGUAAUGCAUUGUUUCCUUGUCUUGUCA